AUGGAUGAAGCCAUUCAGCACCCUUCAGAGAUUUUACCUAAUCAAACUAUGCCAAACAGCAGUUAUUCUCACUUUUUGAACUUUGAUACAUGUCAACCUUCCUUCCCUGCAGUAUUCUUGCUUAUUACAGCCUACAUAUUAGUUACAACGGUGGGGCUUUUUGGAAACCUUUGCCUGAUUGUUAUAAUAAAGAGACAGAAAGAAGCUCAAAAUGUUACAAACAUUCUGAUUGCCAACCUCUCCUUAUCGGAUGUGUUGAUCUGUAUCAUGUGUAUUCCUGUCACAGCUGCAUACACUUUGAUGGAUUACUGGAUAUUUGGGGAAGCUAUGUGUAAAAUAAGCUCUUUCAUACAAAGUAUAUCUGUCACAGUCUCCAUUUUGUCACUUGUACUGAUUGCUAUCGAGCGAUACCAGUUAAUUGUAAAUCCUCGUGGCUGGAAGCCUAAUACCUCACAUGCUUACUGGGGAAUUAUUUUCAUUUGGGUCUUUUCACUCAUGAUAUCCAUCCCUUUUUUAAUAUUUCACCAACUAACUGAUGAACCCUUCAAGCACCUGUCCUUCCACAGCGACUUCUACAAGAACAAAGUGGCGUGCAUCGAGGCCUGGCCUUCCAUUACUGAACGGCUGAUCUUCACCACCAGUCUGCUGCUUCUCCAGUACUGCUUCCCCCUGGGGUUUAUCCUCAUCUGCUAUCUCAAGAUAUUUGUAUGCCUCCGGCGGAGACACAGUAAAAUAGAUAGGAUGAGAGAGAAUGAGAGCAGGUUGAGUGAAAACAAAAGGAUUAAUCUGAUGCUGAUAUCAAUUGUUGUGACCUUUGCAGCUUGCUGGUUGCCCCUCAAUAUAUUCAAUGUUGUUUUUGACUGGAACCACGAGGCACUGAUGAGCUGUAAUCAUAACCUAGCAUUUACACUGUGCCACCUCGUGGCCAUGAUCUCAACAUGUAUCAAUCCCAUCUUUUAUGGAUUUCUCAACAAGAAUUUUCAGAAGGAUUUGAUAGGGCUUGUUUAUCACUGCAGGUGUUCAGCAUCACAAGAGGAGUAUGAGAACAUUGCCCUUUCAAAUCUGCAAACUGAUGUGUCCAAGGGAUCUCUGAAAUUAAACAACCACCCUCCUGAGAAUGCCUAA